AUGGCGGAGUUCGCGCUUGGUCUGACCAAGACGGCGGUGGAGGGGACGGUGAGCAGGGUGAAGUCAGCCAUCGAUGAGGAGGCGAAGCUGCGGAUUCGAGUGCAGAAUGAUUUGGUGUUCAUCACUGGCGAGUUCGAAAUGAUGCAAUCAUUUCUCAACGCUGCCAACAAGAUCGAUGUGGAGGAUUGCCUCGAGUUUGUUGUCCACCUCGACAACAAGUCAACCUGGUCCUGGUUGUGGCGCGUGCUGCCGGACUGCAUGGCACCGGUGCGGCCUCUGGAUGUGGCGGUCGCGGAUAUUCAGCGGCUCAAGGCGAGGGUGGAGGAUGUAAGCCAGAGGAACACCCGCUACAACCUCAUUGGUGACUCUGGCUCCCACUCCAACUCAAAGCCUACAGUAGUUACUACUGUCUCAUCUUUGACGACGGAGCUUAUGCCUGAUUCUGGCCCAGCAGCGGCAUUCCGCAUCCUGCACAAGGUGUGGGAGGCCACAGAUAAGAUACGGCCUGAUAUGGGUGACCUCAGGAAGUUGAUCACCAAUGAAGGUAGUGACCUUGAGGUUAUCUCUGUAUGUGGAAGCCCAGGAGCAUCUGAUCUUGGGGUGACACACGUCCUCAGGGAGGCUUACAAUGACCCAAAAAUCUGCCAAGAAUUCACAAGCCGAGCCUGGGUUCAUCAAAAUCUUCCUUUUAACCUCAAUGAGUUCAUCAAAAUCUUGCUCACUCAAUUCUAUGCUAGCUCUAACCGAGCAAGUGUAGGAGUAGCAGGCUUCCGAAAAAAUAUGAAAGAAGCGGUGGCCAAGGAAGAUGAGCUCAUGCAGCAAGUGAGCCAGCUGAGGUAUCUCGUUAUCGUGGAACAACUAUCCUCUGUGGUAGAGUGGGAUGCCAUCAGAAUGUACCUACCGGAAAGUAAAAACGGCAGCCGGAUUGUCGUGACGACAAAGCAGUUGGGUCUUGCUUUCUCGUGCACGGGGAAUCCCUAUCAAGUAUCGAACCUCAGACAACUCUCCGGUGGCCAAUCUCUUUGUGCCUUCUUCAACAAGGUCUCUGAACGUCGUAGUGACAUGGGUGAACUCAUUUGGCAAUUAAGACAUGUUGUUGGUGUGAUCUCUGUGCAGAAGCAUCCUGAUCUAAGGUCAUCAACUCUUAUUGAUAAGGUGUACACAGGCAAGAAAGGGUACUCAGAUAAGGACAAGAGUAACGCAUUCUCUAUCAGAAUGGUAGAGGCACGUGAUUGGAUCAACAAAUUUGAAAGUAUUAAGGAUUAUAGUGGAUGGAAUCCUAUUUUGGAAUUUUUCCCAGAUGGCAGUCCUCCUCAUGGUGUUACUUCCAUGUGGGGGAUUGCAGGGGUCGGGAAAUCAGCUCCAGUCAGAAGCUUUUAUUACAAGAGUACGAUUGGUGAUCUUGAACCGGUCAGGAAGUACAGCUGGGUGGAUGUUCCCCAACCAUUCGAUUUGACAGACUUUUGUAGACAAUUAUAUAUGGAUUUUAAUUCGGAUGAUCUUGAAGAAAAAGAAACUGCAGCAGUUCGUAUGAUAGAAGGCCAGGACCCAAUUCAAGGGUGUCGUAAGUUUUUGCAGGAAGACGACUACUUUGUUGUUUUUGAUGGUUUAUGCUCCAUACAUGACUGGGAUCAGAUAAAAGAAGUGUUAUUAUCUGAGCCAAUUAAAGGCAGUAUAUUUGUCAUUACAAAUGAAAAAGGUGUCGCCACACAUUGUGUAGAUGAUCGAGAAGAUAGAGUGUUUAAUGUGAAAGGUCUUGGUGCUGACACGGCCCUUGCUCUCUUCACAAAGAUGGCUCGGAGUGGCAAGCUGAUCAAGACUUCCAGAGAGGAAGAGCUUUCAAAACUGAUCAUUGCCAAGUGUGGCGGGCUACCCAAAGUAAUAGCUGCCAUAGGCGAGUCCUUGCAGGCACCCUACAAAUGGGAUAAAAAGUUGUUAGAGAGCCUAAAUGCUAAAUUCAUGAUCAUGUUGGAGACAGACCCAAGAUUCCAAUGUUUAAGGGGUCUAUUUACUAGGAUGCAGUCCUAUUUUGAUGGUUGUCCAGAUUCACUGAAGCCAUGUAUCUUCUAUCUGUCAGUAUUCCCUUUAGGCCACAUUAUUAGGCGAAGGCGUCUGUUAAGGCGGUGGAUCGCGGAGGGUUACUCCAGGGGGACUAAUUGCAGUACUGCAGAAGAGAAUGCGGAGAAGUACUUCUCCCAGCUUGUAGAGUUAAGCAUAAUAAUCCAGCAGCAGCAAGAACCACCAAGCAGUGCAGACGUAUGGAAAGUCAAUGGAUUCUUUCGUGAAUACAUCAUUUCACGUCCAAUGCAAGAUAAUCUUGUGUUUGCACUAGAGGGGCGUCGCAGCCAUAACUGGCAGGCGUUACAACAACACCUGGCCAUAAGUAGCAGCUGGGAUGGAGACAAGAUUGUAUUUGAGAGAAUGGAAUUGUCACGGCUCCGGUCAUUGACGGUGUUCGGCAAGUGGAGGCCAUUCUUCAUCUCUGCCUAUGUCAAUAUGGAAUUGCUCCGGGUGCUGGAUCUAGAGAAUUCAACAGGUGUCAGAGAUGCUGAUAUUGAGCAAAUUGGGAAGCUAGUUCUUCGCCUCAAAUUCCUCUCCCUACGAGGUUGCAAAUAUAUUACCUGUUUGCCGAGAUCAUUGGCUGGCCUGAAGCAGUUGCAAACUCUAGAUGUAAAAGGCACCUCCAUAGUCAUUUUGCCAUCUUAUGUUAUGAAGCUACAUAAGCUACAAUACAUUCGUGCUGGUGCCAUACUACCACCAUCAGUUACGGAAGACCUACCAGCAGAAGAAGCAGGAGCAGCUGAUGAGGACCACAUGACAUCAGCAACCGCUGGAGAUGACCAUAGUGAUGCCAUGGUUACAAGCCAAUUAGCAGGAGAAGCAAGAACACCAGCAGAAGAAGAGCCAGUCCAGACCACAACGCCAUGGAGCAGUCGGGGACGAGAUAUGCUGGUAUCUUGCAGCUGUGGCAAGGCCAUCCUCAUGGAGCUCAAGAAGCUUACCCAAUUGCACAAGCUCGCUGUGUCCGGCAUCAACUGGAAAAAUUGGAGUGAAUUUUGUUCUGUCAUCUCAGGCUAUGUUCAUCUUGAGACCUUGUCAGUGAGACUCGGUGAUAAUGAUGAGAAGCAGAAGGAGCGGGAGGAUUUGUGUUGUUUGGAUGACAUCUCCAAACCGCCAAAAACACUAAAGAGCCUCAAGCUCUACAAGCUGGUGAUAGUUUUUGGAGGUAGGAUGCCUGCAAAUGUGGAGGUGCUGGUUGUUCACUGCUCUUCUACCGAGUCGUCUUUGGAGCUUUCUGGGUUAGAGAAGCUAGAGAAUCUCAAGGAAGUGUGGCUUAAGGGUUCAUACAGCGACCAAGUCAAGGAACACUUGCAGCAGAAGGUUGGCGAGCUUGUGAAGAAACCUGUGUUGAAGCUGGAGGACCAACACACCCAACAUUUCAGGGAGCUGGCAUUCACCACUGCAGGGUCGCUCAAGAAUGCAGAACGGAUGGUCAAGCAAGGAAGCAAGGGGAAAGGGAGGGGAACGGGGGACCUGGGUGGGGAUGAAUUUGGCCUGGUUCGUUCCUCGCCGACCACGCGCGCCAGAGCGUCACCGUGCGAUCCCCCUCUACGGCCGCAGCAUCUCCGCCUGGUACUGCAGCAGCAGCAGCAGCUUCACGCGCUCCGCGCUCCCGUCUUGGCCACCACCGCCGCGGACCUGUACGGCGAUCUAUUCCACAGACCGUACUUCUGCUGCGGGUGA